GGCAAAGUAUCCAAGGCGCGUCUGUCUUGAGAGCACAGGUGACUCAGUAAGAUUGGUGCCACCCGUGUCGUGGUGGCCUGCAGAAACAUGGGGAAAAUCCAGGAGUUUGAGAUUACCUUUGACAAAAACAAAGUGGUUUAUAGUCCAGGGGAUUCUAUCUCCGGCACCCUGAAAUUCAAAGUGACCCAAUCGAUGCCGUGCAAAGCCAUCAAGUUAAACUGUAACGGAUUCUGUGGCGUCACCACCAAGGCCAACGACACCGACUGGGCCGUGGAGGAGCAGUACUUCAACAGCACCGUGUCCGUCGCUGAGAAAGGAACGCUGAAACCCGGAGACCAGAGCUUCCCCUUCAAGUUCCUCAUCCCCGCCGUUGCGCCAACAUCUUUCGAGGGGACCUACGGGAAAAUCAUUUACCGUGUGAGGGCAUUUGUUGACACCCCGCGGUUCACCAAGGACUUCAAGACCGAGAAGCCAUUUUACCUCCUGACCCUCCUCAACCUCAACGAUGUGCCGGAAAUCCGGGGGCCCAACGUGUCGGCGGUGACUCGGGAGUUCACCUACCUCCUGGUGAAGUCUGGCAGCAUCGUGCUGAAGGCGGAGAGUGACAUGAAAGGCUACACGCCCGGCCAGGUCAUCAAACUCGCCGUCAACAUCCACAACCAGUCCGGCAAGACCACCAGCAUGGUGGUGGCUAGCCUCAUGCAGAAAGUGAGCUAUGAGACCAAGAAGCCCACCCAUGACCUGCGGGCGAUAGCCGAGGUGGAGGGCUCUCCGGUGAAACCGGGGAAGGAGGCGGAGUGGACGGAGCACAUGAUCGUCCCACCGCUCCCCCAGUCCUCCCUGGUCGGCUGUGACCUCAUCAAGAUCGAGUAUUACAUUAAAGUCAAUAUCAAGUCUCCAGAGGUCACCCUGGUGUUGCCCAUUCACAUCGGCAACGUUUCGCUGGACAAGAAGGGGACCUCCAAACCCACCACCACUGACUCCACCUCCAGCCCCACCCCCACCUCCACCACAGACGGCGAGCCCAACCUUCCCCCGCGCACCGCCCCAAAGCCUGCCCCUCGCCCCAACCGAGCAUCCCUCCAUGUCCCCGCCAGCGCACCUCCCGACGACGGGGGGCAGGGGGCCACGGGUGGGGGGUGGCCCCCGUACGGCGAGGCCCUUCCCGCCAAGAGCUACUCCCAGAUGGGGUACCUGAGCCCCCACACGCCCGUGUCCCCCAAUUCGUUCAGCUACGCCCCGGGACUCACCUUCCCCCAGAACAACAGGCACAGCUGUGGACCCAUCUUCUCUGAGGGCAACGCUAACAUGCCGUCCCCUUCUCCUCUCAUCCUGCCCCCGGAUUAUCAGUCUGCCUCCUACCCUAAUGAGGCCCCACCUUCCUACAACCAGAGUUUCAACACAUGAGCCAAUGGCAGCGAUGCAGGGAGUGGUCUCAAGCCCACGAGCCAAUGGCAGCGAGGCAGAGAAAAUCAUGCGCAAAAAAACUGUUUGAGGCGUUUUAAACAUUUUGGAGAUUAAGAAUUCCCACUUUUUUUUUUUUUUUGCCCAGCAAACUAAAAGAAAAAACACAAAAAUGGUUCUUUUAUAUACAAAUAAUGCAAAACUUUUCAAAGUUGCUAAAUGUUUUAUAGCAGUUUUUGUUAAUAUACAGUUGGUGUGAAGUCUUUUGAGACAGUUGAGACUCGUCCUGCACCCCAAAACUACUUUAUUUUACACAAUCUUAGCACUUUAAGUUGAGUCUGUCAUGUUUAAGUUCUCUUGCAUGAGAAAAUGCGGAACAUGAGGACUUUCUCAAGGCAACAUUUAACUUUCCUAAACGCCACACUCAUAAGCCCAAUUCAGAUAAUGCUAUGUCGAUUUAAAAUCCUAUCUGUUGUACGUUUUAGUAGGUCAAAUGCAAACAAAAAAUAGUAACUGCUGUUGGGAUGUGGUGGGAUGGAGGUGAAAUAAUAAUCAGCAUUUCAGUGUGCCUUGUAUUUGGCUUUGUUAUGUUUGAUUGAUUGAUGCUCGUGACAAACAAUUGAAAUGUGAUUCAACUAUAGCUGUACAGCCUGUUAAUGCUGAUAAGAAAUCUAAAUGUUAAUUGAUUCUUUCAGUACAAAUCAAACACUACAGAUAAUAUUCUAUGUACUUCCUGAAAGUAAUAUGACCAAGUCAUUUUAGUUUUAUUGCAUCAAUUUACUGAAUGUAUGUGAAUAUGUUGUGAUGCUGGUUUUAACCCUUUUCCCCGUUUUAAGAUGUACUGCAGAGAUCUUGUUUUUUUUCUGUUAUCCUCCUUUAAUUGAACUUCAGUGGAUUUCACUUUGGAGUUUCCUUUCGUGUUGAGCCUAUUGCUCAUGGAAUGACGUUCAUACUGUUUUGGUUAUUUAUUUGUGUGUUUAUUUUCCAAGCAUGCUAUCAAGUGUUUCUAAUAAAUCUAAGAUGUUCUUGAUUUAAAA